AUGGAUCCCAAAACGCAAACUUUGAAUGUUACUGCGUACGAAGCGUACUCGCCGACUUACCUCUCCGCUGGCAACGGUAUCCAAUAUGGAUUUUUCUUUGCAAUGUACACUGCCCUGAUCGUUCAUGUGGCUUUGUACUACCACAAGGAGCUAGCUGAAGGCUUUCGAUCAAUGUGGAAGUCGGCAUCCGGUAGAGAAGGAUGUAAGGUCUAA